AUGAACCGCGAAUCCAGUCCCGUACAAUUGGCUUUGUUCCGUCACACUUUUGGUCCGGCUGCUCUGCGUGUCAUAAAUGGACUCACUUACAGUCCGGAUAAGGAACGUGGAGAUUGGCAGGUGGUGGUCGUGAAGAUGGAGCAGUACUGUCUUGGCGAAUCCAACGAGACUUGCGAACGAUACAUUUUCAACCGGAGGAGACCGCAGCAUGGUGAGUCUCUCGACGCAUUCGUUCUGUGGCUUAAAUCACUGGAUCGGUCGUGCAAUUUCUUUGCCUGUCUAGAAAAGAGGCUAAUAAGGGAUCGAAUUGUCGUUGGCCUACGGAAUUCUGCUGUGGUGAAGCGCCGCCUAAAAAUUCCAAAGCUGAGAUUGAAACCAUGCAUCAACAUAUGUCGGAGUGAAGAGGCAGCAUGGAAGCAUAUGGAGACGCUUACCACAACAGAGGAUUAUGGAUUGUGCAAAAUUGCCUCUGAAAAUCGAACGCAUUCAACAGUUGCUUGCCGUUUCUGUGGCCGCAUACAUCUUAUGGGAAGAAGCAACUGUCCUGCUUGGGGAAAAACGUGUGAUAACUGCAAAAAGCGUAAUCAUUUUGCAGCAAAGUGUUUUGGGAAGAAAAAAUCAACUUCAGAACAUCACGUUCAAGCAGUUGAUCAUGUCAGUGUUGUACAACUACCGGCCAAACGGAAAGGCAUAUUUGCAAACAUGUUAAUGAAUGGAGAAGUGACGUUCCAACUAGAUUCUGGUGCUUCUGUCAACAUAAUAUCGAGAAAUCGCGUAUACGAUACCAAACUAGACCCAACCCAGACGAGAUUAGUUAUGUGGAACGGUGCAAACGUGGAACCGAAAGGACAAACCACUACUACACUGAAGAAUCCCAGAAACGGAGUGUCUUCUGUCGUGAGUUUCGUCGUCGUGGAGUCGGUUUAUGUUCCAAUCCUUGGAUACGAGUCCAUCGAGUGA